AUGAAAGAUUUUGAACAAGCCCUUGCUCGAUUCAAGCUUGGUUUAAGGGCUGAUAUCAAGAGAGAAUUGCUUGAAAAUGAUUUUUACAGUAUAAAACAUGCAUGUCAAAUAGCAACCGAUGCGGAAGGAUACUUAAAGUAUUCAAUUACAAAAAAAGUUGGGUUUCAAGCUGAGGAGAUAGCAGCAAGAUGGAAUGUUGACUUGAGUAAAGAUGGAAUGUUACCAAACGUCCUAAGAAGAAUAAUUUGCAUGUUGGGAUUGCAACAAGGAAAGAACGCCGCAGAACUAGAAUUUGAUUUGACGGGAAAUUCUUUUGAUUUUGGGACUUUCGAGGCUGAUGACCAUGCUGAUGAUGAGGAAGCUUCAAAAAAACUCGAAGAACCAGAGGUGAGACCGCCUGAAAAGAAAAGGUGA